CGGGACUGUCCUACUUGAAACUGAACAUGACGUUCCCGCAGUAAGCCACGCCUAUCUUUUUCUUUCAAAUAUAACAUUGUUUAGGUUUGGUAGUUUUUCAUAAAAAUGUCGCGUUUUAUGAACGCGUGCGCUCUUUCGUUUAAAGUCCUCAUUCUCCCGUUGUACAUCGCGGAGCAUGUCGGACUUUUGUCUUUCUUCAAACGCGUAUUUCCUAUGAUUCAAUAUAAAGCCACGGACUGGUACAAUAACAAGAUGAAUGACAAGAAACGGGAACUAUUUCGAAACCUGGAGCGAUUUCAGCCCCCCGAAGGCUCUCUGCGCAUUCUGGAGGUGGGCUGUGGAUCAGGGGCGAACUUUGAGCACUACCCGACGGGCUCCAAGAUCACCUGCACUGACCCUAACCCGCAUUUCAAGAAAUACCUGGAGAAAAGUAUGGAGAAAAACGAGCACCUGGAGUACGACAACUUCAUAGUGGCGUCGGGGGAGAAUCUGCAGGCAGUGGAGGACAGCUCGGUGGAUGCUGUGGUUUGCACUCUGGUUCUGUGCUCGGUCAAAGACACCAACAAAGUUCUGCAAGAGUCAAAGAGGGUCCUGAGACCUGGAGGAGCACUUUUCUUUCUUGAGCACGUGGUGUCAGACCCUUCAACCUGGGCUUACUUUUUUCAGCAUGUCCUUGAGCCAUUAUGGUACUUCUUUGGCGAUGGCUGUGAAGUAACCCGUGCUACAUGGAAGCACAUUGAGGCCGCUGGAUUUUCAGAUGUAAAGUUACACCACAUUCAAGCUCCUCUGUUUUUCAUGCUCAAACCACACAUCGUUGGUUAUGCAGUCAAGUAAUGAAUAUGAAUUUUGCCAGAUCAGGUCUGAUUUAUUUUACCAUUCACUAAUAAUGUGUUUUUAUGAAAGAGCAAUUUGUAAUACACCAUAAAGUUUACAGUGCACAUUAGUGAUUACUUAAUCUCAAGAUAAGAUUGCAAUGUAGAUUUAAUGUAACUGCAUCUUUUUGCACAAGUAUUACUAUUUUGUCUGCAAAACACAUCACUAUCAAGAUGAUACAAAAUACAUAUAGGUAAAUUAACAACAUACUCGUAUACUAAUAUCUAUAUAGUAUGUUGUUGAUUUACCGAUAUGUAUUUUGUAUCAUCUUUAUUGUGACGUGUUUUGUAGACAAACGUGUGAUUAUAUAUAUAUAUAUAUAUAUAUAUAUAUUUACUGCCCUCUUGUGGUUAGGAGCCAGUAAUUCAAGUAAAUAUUCAUGAACAUGAUAAUAAUUAUUAUAAUUAACCUAAUAUGUUGCCUUCAUACUUCUGUACUUGCUAUAGGUAGUUAAAAUCUAUUUAAAUUUAAAUAUGCCUGGAAAAUAUAUAUAUAUAUAUAUAUAUUUAGUAUUACCUGAUAUUUUUUAUGGCUGAACCUGUUAUACACCUUGAUUGCAAACCUGAUACGUUUUGUUAAAAUGUAAGCAAAAUAAAUCUCUUUUAGGAUAAUUCACGAAUUCCAUCCUGAAACACAUUCUUUUCUGUGUUUUUAGAAAAGACACUGAUGUUAAUUGCUCUUUUUUGGACCUUGGACUUGAAAAACAUGUCACACAUUUUCUGGCAUUGUAGCUAUAUGAGCGUGGGGGAGGGGGUCACUUAGAAGUUUUAGCAUUUGAACUUUUCAUUUAUAUAUAUAUAUAUAUAUAUAUAUAUAUAUAUAUAUAUUUAGUAUUACCUGAUAUUUUUUAUGGCUGAACCUGUUAUACACCUUGAUUGCAAACCUGAUACGUUUUGUUAAAAUGUAAGCAAAAUAAAUCUCUUUUAGGAUAA